CUCCAUUUUGAAGUUGUCUAUAAUCAGGAACAAAAACCAAUAAAUAUCCUAAAAAGAUUAGUGAAAAUAUAUUCCUCAGUCUGAGGACGGCACUGAAAUUGUUACCUAUAUAAUAAUAAUAAUAAUAAUAAUAAUAAUAAUAUUGUCCUCUCUCUAGCAGCUUAGAGAGUAGUUUUGAAGAGCAGAGGAUAUGGCGAAAGGCAAUCUUUUGUCUGAGGGCUGUCCGGGUUUCAGGCAGGCUACAGAGAAUUCCCAGCAGCACAGAUUUCUGCUCCCAGCUCCUCUUCAACCCACCCACUGGUCUCUGCGGGCCUUGUUCUCAAAGGCAGUUCCCAGUGCAGGUAUCACAGCAACAGCACAGAUGAAAAUGGCGUGGUCCCUGGACCUCCCUCUGCACAAUCUUCUUGUCUGCAUCAUCUUGGCCCGACUGCUCGCCUCUUGCUCAGCUCAGUUUGCUGUGAUUGGACCCCCUGGACCCAUCCUGGCCAUGGUGGGUGAAGACGCUGAGCUACCCUGUCACCUGUCCCCGAAGAUGAGCGCAGAGAACAUGGAACUGAAGUGGGUGAGAUCCAGCCUCAGGCAGGUAGUUUUCAUGUAUGCACAUGGCAAGGAAGUAGAAGACAGACAGACAGCAGAGUAUCGAGGGAGAACUGAGUUUUUAAGAGAUGGCAUCACUGCAGGGAAGGCUGCUCUCCGAAUUCACAGUGUCAGAGCCUCUGACAGUGGAAACUACCUGUGUUAUUUCCAAGAUGGCGACUUCUACGAAAAAGCCUUGGUGGAGCUGAAAGUUGCAGCUCUGGGUUCGGAUCUUCACAUUGAAAUGAAGGGCCAUGAGGACGGAGGGAUCCACCUGGGGUGCACAUCCACCGGCUGGUAUCCCCAGCCCCAAAUACAGUGGAGAGAUGCCAAGGGCCAGAACAUGCCAGCUGUGGCAGUACCUCCAGCUACAGAUGGAGCGGGCCUGUAUGCAGCCACAUCAUCUCUAAUUGUGAAAAGCAGCUCUGGAGAAGGGGUGUCCUGUAUCAUCAGAAAUCCCCUCCUCAACCAGGAAAAGACAGCCCAGAUUUCCAUUGCAGGGGCCGGUUACUUCCUGUGGCUACAGAGGAGAGAAAAGGAGGCUCUUUUCAUGGAGAAAGAGAGAGCAGAAGAGGAAAAAGAAACAGCACGGGCAGAAAAAGAGCAGGAACGAAGAAUAAAAGAGACACUCGAGUAUGAACUCAAGUGGAGAAAGAUCCAGUACCUGGCUCGUGGGGAGAAGUCUCAGGCCUAUCCUGAGUGGAAGGAGGCCCUCUUCCAAGCUGCGGAUGUGAUAUUGGAUCCGAACACAGCAAACCCCAUCCUGCUUGUUUCUGAUGACCAGAGGAGCUUGCAGCGAGCAGACGGACGACAGAAUCUGCCAGACAACCCCGAGAGGUUUGAUUGGCAUUACUGUGUGCUUGGCUGCAAGAGCUUCACGUCAGGGAGACAUUACUGGGAGGUAGAGGUUGGGGACAGGAAAGAGUGGCACGUCGGGGUGUGCAGAGAGAACGUGGAGAGAAAAUGUUGGGUUAAAAUGACACCUGAGAAUGGCUUCUGGACUAUGGGGCUGUCUGAUGGGAAUGACUAUCGGGCUCUCACCGACCCCCGGACCAAACUGGCAAUUGCCAGCCCUCCUCGAAAAGUGGGGAUCUUCCUGGACUAUGAAACUGGUGAGGUCUCCUUCUACAACGCCAGAGAUGGAUCUCAUGUCUACACCUUCCCGCACACCUCUUUCUCUGGGCCUCUGUGGCCUGUUUUCAGGAUUUUGACCUUGGAGCCCACUGCCUUGACCAUUUGCCCAGCAUUGACAGAAGCGGGGGGUUCCCGUGUUCCUGACCUAGAGCCUGACCUUUCUCCGGAGACCCCAGUGGCCCUGGGCUCAGCUGAUGAGAAUGGGGAGCCUCAGGCUGAAGUAACGUCCUUGCUUCUCCCUGCCCGGCCUGAAGCCGAGGGCCUCUUCCCUAACAGCAAAAAAUCACAACCAUAAAAUACCGAAGACACACACUGUGUGAAGUACUUCACUAAUAUUAAUACAAUUAUUUAUUCCAUAUGGACAGUUGAGUUUAAUACCGCUUUAUUGUCUCCUUUAUAUGGAGAAAGAAACCAGGGUGCAGAAAAGUGAAUUCACUUCCCAAAGGUCACUCAGCUAGUAAAUGACAGCUGGGAUUUGAAUAUAAAACAUUUACGGAUGACGUAAGUGUACUGGGGGUUGUGUCAAAGCUUUAAAUAAAUG